UAAAGAGUCGAAGUAAAACGGGCGUUACUUGGCGCUUCGGGCAAAACAAAGUGAGACGACAAAGGAAACGAGGAGGCGAGAGAAGCUGUAUAAUCAGCUUACAAGAGCACAACACGACAUUUGGCCAAACAACCAAUAGCAAACCAACGAGCGACAAACGAACGCCUAAGCGCUGCACCAACGCUGAUAAUGAGCAAUGAGUUGCAAUGAUGAAAUGAUGAAAUGAUGAAAUGACGGGGCGCGAUGCUGCUGACCGAAACGGAAAAGCAAAAAAAUCUAAGUAACUGUAAAAAAAUUUAUAAAAAGUUGGAAGCAGUUGAGACUGAAAUGAGCCCACUUGCAUACGAAUAUGCGUCGAUGAGUGAGAGUAAAGUAUAAUUGAGCGCAGCAAUAGAUGAAUAGACAGUCGGCUGCGAUUACAAGUCAAUGAGUUUCGACAAAAACACGAUUGGGCAACUGGAAACUACGCGACAAAAACGACAGUAAGCUGGAAAAGCAAGAAAAAAGUAGUAAACGGAAGCGCUGGCCCCAAAAGCACGCAAAUGAAAGUGUAAACGAACGACAAAAAAACAACUAAACGAAAUUCAAAACGAAAACAAAAGCAGAGGCGAAAACUUAGCCGCAUAAUCUUGCCAGUACCAAGUACCCAGAACCUAGAUAAACUUUCGCGUGCGGCGACCGGGCGAAAUUCGCAUUUAGUACCUUCCGUCCAAUCAACAACCACACGAGUUGGCAGAUCGCGUGCAACGCAGCCAUUUCGUGCCAACGCUACUCAGCCAACAAAGCGCUGGCAAACAAGCGGUAAUUACGACGGUUACACGUUUGGUGCGAAAGUGGUGAUUUGCGCGCAUGCGCAGUGUCCAAUAAAUCGCAACAAUAAUACGAAAAUACGCGCAAAAGCGACAAAAACUGAAAAAUUCAUCGUUAAUAACGAAAAUUCAAAAUCAUAAUGGCUGUGCAAAAUCAGAACUUGCCACCAAAAUCACCGCAUUUGACCGCAAAAACCGCCACAGAUGCCACAACAAUAAACACACAUACGAACGCCACACAACCGUUGGCGAAAACACGCACGAAAUUCGGUCAAGCGGCAGCAGCAGCAGCAGCUGCAGCUGGAGCCGCCACCGAAUUGGGGUAUAACACACAAGUAUCGGGUGGCGCAGGUGGUGCUUCGAUGAUGCCAACGCCAGCGGGCGCAGCGGCGCCGACAGCAGUUCCGAAUGGUGGUCCGCGCGUGUCAUUCAAUCGGGAUGUGCAUGUUAAACGAAUCGGUUAG